GCUGACAAAAGGAGAAAAAGAUAUAAUAUUGCAUGGUCUUGGAGCAGCAAUACAAAGAUGUUGUAAUCUAGCUCUUCAAGUAGAGGCAUUAUUUGCUGGAACGUGUCAAAUUGAAGUUAAUACAGGAACUGUUGAUUUAGUAGAUGACUUGGAACCAAUAACUGACGAUUUAGAAUUCGGUGCACAAGUAAGGCACUCUUCAUCAAUCCACAUUAGGAUAUUUAGGACUGCUUUGCUUGGAGCCAACUAGUAAAAAUGUUUUUCACACUAAGUGAAAUUGUUCAAUGGAUAGGACUUACAGUGUUUGAGAUAUGGAUAAAUUUAAUAACAAUAACAAUAUUUACAGCUCUGUUAGCAUUAAAAAUUGAUGGUGUUGUUAACAGUGCUUGGUGGACAGUAUUUGCUCCGUUAUUUGUAAGCGAUGCUAUGAAUGCAUAUUUUUGCUGUAUAGUGUGUAUAAGAAUGACCUUAGAAAAUUCAUAUAAAGCUUCAGUGUACAGGGCCUCAUGGAGUUGUAUCUUCUUGGGGUUAACUUUUGUAUUUAAAUUUUUAUUAUGCAGGAAAUUGCAAGGCGACUCUGCUAUAGAGUAUAGUGAAGUAUUUGCACCUUUGUUUAUUUUACUACAGUUAAUAGCAGUAAGAGCAUGCCAAUUACAUCAAUAAUUAUCUAAAAUAAUGUAAAUAAUACAAUUUCUGAAUA